AUGCAGCUUGCUGGUUUGAAAGGAAAAAUCAGCCCCAGGCACCUCUCAGGCUUUCCGAUCGUCAUCUUCCCACUUCUGGUAGCCCACACCAUAAAAGGCCGUAUCUCCCCACAACGUUGGAGAAAAACAACACUUUCCACGCCAACCAUGGAGAGAGAGAACCUCGACUACUCGACAUCACGUUUUGCAACCAUGUCUCCGCUACCCAGCCCCGAUAUUUCGCAUGUGGCAAAACCCAGAGACAGCAGUUGGUGCCUGCGAUGUCUUGGAUUCUAUGUCGGCUUGUUCAAGUCAAACGACGGUCAAGCGUGUCAGGACAUCAACUUCACCUGUAAGCAUACAGGACCAGGAACGAAGUGUGACCGAUGCGCUGGUUUCGGCAGAAGAGACAGAGAAUGCCUCACGAUCCCGAAUAUCCAGCAGAACCAGGCGCGAGAGGUCAUUAACAGACGCCGAACCAUAUUUCAUUUAGAGAACAACCUUGAGCAAUUUAUCAGUCAGGCAAAUGCUCUCAAUCGCGUUUUCCGUGAGGUUGAAAGAGCGACCCGGGCUCACUACGAAGACGUCGCUCGACAAGCGCAGCAACAGAACGAGGUCGAGCCCGAGAUUGGCCGCGGCACCACCAUCUCCGGCUACGAGGACGACUCGGAUUUUAGACGCCUACUUCGCGAUGUACCCCGAAAAUCAUACGCCUCUCAUCCCUAUGAGUCUGAGGACGAGGACCAACCAGAUGAGGGCGACCACGAGUCGGUCUUCGGAAGUGCGAACCAAGACAGUGUUCGCAGUGCCCCACGCGUGCCGAAUGUUUUGCCCGUCAAUCGGGCCAUUCAAGAGCUCAGAAGACUCGAGGAAGCUCAAGCGGCCGCAUCUCGACGGCUGGGAGAAGCAACCUGGCUUGGCAUAAAGCGUGGUACCGCACCCGGCCCCGAGACCCUGGUUCAGCCCGUGCAUAGGAUGCCGGGAAACUCCAAUCCCCAGAACUAUGACCAGAUGAAUAUACAGGGGGCCAUCGAUCAGGUUGAGAGGGCUAACGCUGCUCGUGAGCUUGCUUUCCAACAGUUAGGCAAAGUGGUUUACGCCAUGGAGCUGCCCGCCGGCCUGGCAUUUGAACGAGAUCAACCUGAGAGCCAGGGUGAAUCACGUUCGCAGCGCGUCUCGGAUGCGUAA